AUGUAUGUUGAUAUGUUUGGAAGGAAACACAAACCCCCUGAUGCUGAAACCAGUGAAUUGAAUAGCACAAAUGUCCAUAUCAGGAACAUUAGCAGCAGCGGUGUGGAGGCACGUAAAAAUACACCAGAAAGAAAAAGGCAUAGUGACAUAGGCUUCAACAUAGAUAUUAAUCAAACUUUCACAUUCGUGAAAAAUAUAAAAAAGCAAAAAAGUUUAUAUAAUUCUUUGGUAGAGUUAAUGGACAGAAGGCUAUGGGAGGCUGCUCAGAAAGGAGAUGUUCAUCACUUGCAAAGCUUGAUCAAAGAAGUCCCUUUUUUGCUUGGGGCAGUUUCAUUAGCAGGAAAUGGAACUCCUCUGCAUAUAGCUUGUUUGAGUGGCCAUUCUGAGUUUGCUAAGGAGAUCAUUCAUUUGAGGCCAGAAUUUGCAAGAGAACUAAACCAGGACGGUUUCAGCCCUUUGCAUAUUGCCUCAGCAAAUGGGGAUAUAGAGAUUGUGAAGCAGCUCUUGAGCAUUGACCGUAAUCUAUGCCUUCUCAAGGGGAAGGACAGAAGAAUUCCUCUUCACUAUGCAGUAGUCAAAGGCAGAAAACAUGUCAUAAUGGAGCUUCUUGUGGCUUCUCCGGACUCUGCAGAAGAAGUGACUGCUCGUGGCGAGACUUGUCUUCAUUUAGCUGUCAAGAAUUAUCAGUUUGAAGCAUUCAAAUUAUUACUUGACAACCUCAAGGAAUUUAACAAGUAUGAUCUCUUAAACAAGAAGGAUAUCCAAGGAAACACUGUUUUGCAUCUUACUGUGUCGACUAAGCAAUACGAGGUUGUUGAUCUAUUGCUCGAUGAAAAUGUUAUUGGUAAGGGCACUAUUGAGAUGAAUUCUUUGAACAAAGCAGGCCUUACACCUUUGGAGGUACUACUUAAGGAAUCUGGAGAUAGAGAUAUUGAGGAAAUUCUAGGAGCAUCUGGUGCUGUAUCUGUUGAAAACUUACAGUCAUCGCAACAAGAAGCUUUGCCCCAAUCUUGUGUUGUUCCAGUACAAGAUCCCUCAAAUGAACAACCUAGCAGAGAGCAAAGAAGGGACCGGUGUCAAUCUCGCUCUAAGAAGCUUCAAGAUUUCUUCAAGUACAAUAAAACCAAAGAUCCUCCAGGAAAAGUAAGAGACACCCUUCUUGUGAUAGCUAUUCUAAUUGCAACAGCAACUUAUCAAGCAGUGCUUAGUCCACCAGGAGGUGUUUGGCAAGAUAGUUAUUGGCUCGAGGCCAAUAACAGCACCAAUAAUGAUGGCAAAAUGCCCUUGCCACAUAUCGCUGGACAGUCAGUGAUGGGAACCAACAAUCCAAUUACCUAUGGCUUGUUCUUGGUUUUCAAUUCCAUCGGAUUUUUCGUGUCCCUUCACACGAUAAAUUUCCUCACCAUAGGAUUUCCUUUGCAAUUGGAACUGCAAGUUUCACUUGUUGCCUUGGUAGCAACCUAUGAUACUGUGAUGUCUGCCAUAACGCCUAACAGAGGAAUUUCUCUCUUCUUUUUUAUCUUUUCUUCAGUCUUUCCAAUUUUGUUGCCUUACAUUACAAAAUUUGUGAGAAACUAUUGCAAGAAACCUAGAUUCUUGUCAAGAUUUAUCAACUGUCCAGCUACUUGAGCAACAUCUUCUUGUAUUAUAUUCUUCCUUUGAGGUUCAAUCAGGAUAUAUUGCGAUUCUAAAAUAAAACUCGUGUACGAGAUUCAAUUACAAUCUCUUUUUCUUUAUCUCUUACAGAUAUUUUCUUCCAAUCAUCCUGGUUAAUUGAUGAUAAUGGAAAAAAAAAACUCACUGGGACAUUCAUAAUCAUUCAUCAAAUUAAAAUCAUAGAAGUCCUUUUGAAUUUGAUCCCAUGUUCUUGAGAUGAUAGGAUCUCAUAGAUGUUGAUCAAACUUUAACAUU